AUGAACUCUGGUGGUAAGGAGUCCUUGAGCCUCGAUGAACGUUCCAGGAAUGUGAACGAUCUUUUGCUUGUUCUCAUGGAUAUUAACGAGAUUAACGGUGGUAAUAGCGAUACAGCUGAGAAAAUGAAGGUCCAUGCCAAGAAUUUCGAGGCUGCUCUUUAUGCAAAGAGCUCGUCAAAGAAGGAGUAUAUGGAUAGUAUGCGGGAGAAAGUUAACGCUAUGAGGAACACUAGAGAUUCUAGGAAGAAAGCUGCAGUCUCUGCAGCUACUCCGCUAUCGGCAGGAUCAGUCAAUCGCUCUAUGCAGCAGAAUGGUCAACAGCAGAGGCAGGGGAAUAUGAUGAUGAAUGGGAAUUAUGUGCCUAAUACGCUCAACAUGAACUCUCAGACGUUUAUGAAUCAACAAGCACAGGCGAGGCAGCAGGCUGCUCAACAAUUGCGCACGCAGCAACAGCAACAGCAACAGAGGCCUCAGCUGACUCCACAACAGCAGCAAUUGAUUAAUCAGAUGAAAGUGGCUAUCAUACCUAGGGAACUCUUGCAAAGAAUACCAAAUAUUCCUCCUGGUGUCAAUACGUGGCAGCAGAUCACAGAUUUGGCUCAGCAAAAGAGGCUAACACCUCAGGAUAUGCAGAUGGCAAAAGAAGUUUACAAGUUACAUCAACAGCUCUUAUACAAGUCAAAGAUACAGCAACAACAGCAGCAGAAUGCUAACGGUAGGAUGAAUAUGCAGCAACAAAUGCCACAGCAGCCGCCAUCGCGUGGGGCACCUUCAGCUCAGCACCAGAGGGCACCUAGUAACGGCCCUCUUUCACAGCACCAUCACAGCAGCAGCCUCAACAGGCCAGCACAGCAGCAGCCACAGCAACAACAACGGCAGCUAAAACCGGGUGAAAUACCUAACGUCUUGGGUCAAAUAAACCAAAUAUUUACACCAGAAGAACAAAGAUCGCUCUUGCAAGAAGCUAUGGAAGCGUGUAAGAAUUUUCAAAAGACUCAGUUCGGUAAGAACAUGACCGAUUCUAAUAGACAGAAUUUUAUCAGAAAAUACAUCAACCAGAAGGCACUCAAGAAGAUUCAAAAUAUGAGACUGGCCCAAAUGGCCGCGAAUGGGACCAGUCAACGGCCGCAGCAGAGACAGGAACCCAUCUCGCAAAUGCAACAGGCGCAUUCGAGAAGCGCAAGUGCCGGGUUGAUGCCUAAUGGCAAUCAGUUCAAUGGUAAUACUAAUCCUCAGCCAACUGGGCCGCAACAGCCUGUGCCAGGUCAGCAAAUGAAUAUGGGAUCUCAGCCGCCACAACAACAGCCUCAACAGGGCAAGAUGCAGCAACCGAGACCGAACGUUUUACAGGCGUUUGCACCAACGCCGCAGGAUGUGGAGACUGUCAAAAGAAUAUCCGUGGAAGCUGCAAGAACUCCACUGAGGUUAUCUGAUCUAACUAAUACUCUACCACCACAGGAAAAAGAGGAAAUCAAGCGGAAAUUGCAAGUUAAUCAACAACUGUUCGCUCAAGUCAGUAACUACGCUCCGCAGGUCUACGUGCUAACAAAGAGUGAAAACUUCUUAAAGGAAGUUUUACAGUUAAGAAUAUUUGUGAAGGAGAUCGUGGAGAAAUGUACCAAGGGUAUCUUCGUUGUUAAGCUCGACACGGUGGAUAAGUUGGUUUUGAAAUACCAAAAGUAUUGGGAGAGCAUGAAAAUCCAGUUGCUGAGAAGACAGCAAUUGAUCCAACAACAACAGCAGCAACAGCAGCAACAACAACAGCAGCACUUCAAUCAAGAUCAAACUGGGCCUAGUAUUUCUGAGCAACAACAGCGUGUUCAAGGUUCACUACAACAAAUCCAGCAGCAGAUGCAACAGAAGCAGCGCCAACAGCAGCAAAGAUCGGCUCCAAAUAGCAGCAGUGCAAUGGCUACCCCCAAUCCUGCUGCCAUGGCUGCCGCUACUGCCAUGUCAAAUGGGAACAACUACGCUGGUUCAAACUAUCAGCCAGUCAUGACAGAAGCGAACGGUGCUACAGAUUUGAAGAAUGGUGGUGCAAACAUCGGCUACAUGGCCCCCGAUACAACGAAGCCAUCGCCAAGUCAAGGCAUCUCACCACAAAAAGCUGCUAAUCAUAGUAGAAUCAAAUCAAGCUCUACAAAAGUAUCACCGGCGAACAUCGGUCAAUCCGGUAUCAACACUCCAAGUGUGGCGGCCCCUGGCAUGGUCAACAGCAGAUCUGCCACGCCAGCCGCGGCAGGAACCGCGGGGUCGCCUUUGGGCAACGUCAAGAAUAGUGCAAUAUUCCAAAAAUCUCCAUCUCCAAUGACGGUGCCAUCCACACGUCAAACGCCUUUGGUUGAGAACAAACCAUUCAGGCAGGAAGAAGAUAAUCUACGAAACUUGAACAUCAGAAAGGCUGAGAUCAUAUCAAGGUUCAAGCACCGCCAAGAGGUAUUCCACAGUUCGCCAAUCGACAUGUUUUUAUCCACUUUGGCAGAUUGUAUCGGCAUAAAGGACGACCAAGUCGACAUUGUCACCCACGUACCACAAGCCGUGAUAGACCAAAUAAAUGGAACGGGCAAAAAGAAACCUACUAAGGCCACACAAAGGGCAAGAGACCAGGAUGUGGUAACCUUAGCCUUCAAAGACAACAAGUUCAUUAUGGAAAGUAAGACUUCACCCAAGACGCGGUCCUACCGUAUUCGGCCCAAUGCGCUCUCAUCUGUCUUCAAGAACGUCUACGGCACAACUGACAUCGGUGAGAUGAACUUUAACGAUGCAACUCCCAAACGCAUUUCUGGCGGUUCGCAGGUUAUUGGUAGGAAGCGGAAACUAGAUGAGAGCGGCAUCAGUCCAGUUGAUUCCGUUACUUCGCAAUCUUCUUCGCUGAUGGGAGAUUCCAAGAAGGUAAAGAUUGACUCACCAGAAGAUUUAUUUGCUGGCAAAGAAAAUAUCAAGCUGCAAAAACCUCUUCAGGAAAGUCUCAACAACAUAUGGGACUGGAACUAUUGGCAGAAACUCGACUAA